AUGGGGAACCGAACCAUAGAUGUACUCAACGCUGUUUUCAUAUUGGGCAAAAUAGACUUGUCUUCUGAAGGGAAAUAUUUGACUGUCCUAAUUGGCUCUCUCAUCUACUUAUUUACACUGUUCUGUAACCUGUCUUUGCUUGCGGUUAUAGUUUUCAACAGAAAUCUACACGGGCCUAUGUAUCUGUUCCUUCUCAACUUAUCCAUCAAUGACUUGAUCGGUAUAAGCGCCAUGAUUCCAAGGGUCAUGUCAGAUGUAUUGUCUGAAGAUAGGCACAUCACUUACCCAGCAUGCUUGAUUCAGGCUUUCUGUAUUCAUAUGUAUGGCGGAGCGACACUUCUCAUAUUGUCUAUCAUGUCGUUUGAUCGCUACAUAGCUAUCUGUCAUCCACUAAGGUACCACUCCAUCAUGACUAAGAACACUGUUGUAAGUCUCAUUGCCUCUGCUUGGCUGAUUGACUUUCUACUGGUUGGGAUCCUGUUCGGGCUCACGUUGCGUUUCCCUGUUUGUAAAACAGUUAUCGUGAACAUCUAUUGUGACAACAUGUCCCUGUUAAGACUGACCUGUGCAACAGAAACCACAGUGAAUAACAUCUAUGGCUUAUUUAUCACAGGUGUACUCCAUGGGGGAGGGGCUUUUUCUGUGGUCUUCUCCUACUCAUUCAUUCUAUUCACAUGUUUUAGAGGUAGUGACUCUGAUGCCAAGCUAAAGGCCUUGCAUACAUGUGCCACACACCUGCUUGUCUUUCUAAUCUAUGAGUUCUCAGGUAUCAUUGUUGUCCUUGUGUAUCGAAUACCAAACACUCCUCUCCUACUUCAGACAUUUGCAGGAAUGAUAUUUGUCAUAUUUCCUCCAGAAAUCAAGUGA